AUGGAGGUUCCCAAAAAUAAUGAAGACUGGAGCACCCCAGCUAGCAUCGUGGUCUUUCAGUCCAGGGUGCACGAAUGGCUGAUGCAGUUCUACCGGGAUAUUAAUUCCGGCAAAAUCACAUUGAUGAGGAAGCUUGCGAGGGUGCUGUUCAUGAUACUCGAGCACGAAGCUUUCCACGCAGAGAUGCUACUCUACAUACUCCUGCAGCAUGCAGGCACUGGCACACUACCUCCUACUGGCUUCAGUCCUCCAGUUUGGUCGACACUCACCAGUGGUUGGGAUCACAAUCUGCUUCUGGCUAUAUCAACUGUUACUCUUGGUCCUGCCACGGUGAUGCUUGGACAUGGCGAUGAUAAAUCAGAGGAUGCAUGUACCAGUGUUCAUGCAUUUGGUUGGGACAACGAGCAUCCCAAGGGAGAAGUCCACAUCGGCGAAUUCAAAAUUGAAUGGCGGCCGAUUACGAAUGGUGAGUUCUAUGAGUAUUACUCUAGCAAGGGCAAGGAGGCUGUCAAGUUCCCUGCCAGCUGGGUUGAGGUUGAAGGAGAGGUUCAAGUUCAUACCCUGUAUGGUCCCAUUCCGAUGAGUGUCGCGAAGCAUUGGCCGAUCAUUACUUUGUAUGACAACUUGACAAUGUAUGCAAGUGUUAAGGCUUGCACUGCUGCAGAUCAUGAUCGUGUUCCUGCCAUCGCCAAUCCACCCUCUCCUGCAAAUGCAUGCAAUGAUGCUCCACCAGAACCUCCCUUGAACAAUCAGCAGAUUGCGCAGCGAGCAUGCCGAGAGCAUGAGUAUCAAGCUGCACAGGCUGAUGCUCCACAGCAUCGUCAGUCUGCCGAACGGGGCUUGAUGUGGGCCAGGCAGCCAUAUGUUGAGCCUGUCACCAGGCAUGAUCUCGGCCAUAUGGAUGUCGUCUGCCGUUAUUGCAAUGCCCUGCAUUGGCGGAAUGAGCGAGUAAUCUCGAAGUCUAUGCAGACUAACCCUGCAUUCUCCAUGUGUUGCAACCAUGGUAAGAUUGAUCUGCCAGCUCCUCUUGCUCCUCCCGAGUUCUUUCGCUACCUAUUUGCGAGCCCUGAGCCUCAGGCGGAGGACUUCAGGGAUAAUAUCCGACAAUAUAAUGCUGCUCUCGCAUUUACCUCACUGGGUGUCAAGAUAGACGACCAUUUAAAUAAUGGAUGGUCUGAGCCUGUCUUUCGGAUCCAUGGUGAGCUGCAUCAUCGUCAUGGGUCAUUGCUGCCGCAGGAGAGGCAAGAUCCUGCAUAUGCGCAGCUGUACAUCUAUGACCCUCGCGAUGCUCUGAAUCAGCGCAUGCAGCGCAACAGUAAUCUUCGCAGAGACACAAUGGAAUGUCUUCAAGGUAUCCUGAACACGUCACAUCAUUACGCGCAUGUAUACAAGCAUGCAUAUGAGGUUCUUGCUGGCCGAGGUGACAUAGAAGACGUUGUGAUACGUCUUUGCCUGUUGCCUACAACAGAUCAAUGCCGGUAUAAUCUGCCUACUGCAGACGAGAUGGCAGUCAUAUUGCCUGGAGACGGUUCCGAGGAUGUGGGCAAAUGUGACAUCAUUCUGCGGCAUCGCAAUGGUCCACUGCAGAGGAUCAGUGAGGGCAAUGCAGCAUACUCAUGUCUUCAUUAUGUGCUCUUCUAUCCAUACGGUGAACAUGGCUGGCAUUUCGACAUGACAUUGCAUGAGUCUGACACCUCACCGGCUUACCCUCAUGGACUAUUGCGCGUAUCAGGCUCAAACCCGUGUUGA